AUGGCGCGCCAGAAGAAGGGCGAGAAAAAGAACAAGUCGCGCACGCAAUCGCUGCAUAAGCCGCAGCCGGCCGCCGAGUCCUGGAUCAACGCCGUUCCGGUCAAGCCGCCGGCCGCCCAACUUGUCACCACCACCACCACUACCACGACCACUUCCGACCCUGCACCCCCCCGACCCGUGGCUCCGGCAAUCAACUUGGCGGCUAACUCGCCAGCGGCCAAUUCGACAGUCGCCAAUCCGACAGUCGCCAAUUCGUCUACUAUCAAACUCUUGGCUGACUCUGUACAGGCGACCCCAAACGCAGCCGGUACGGCCGAGACGGUCGCCGAGGAGACGGCGGGCGACGUCCAGACCCGGGUGGCACCGCGUCUGCCCGGUCUUGACUGGUCCUGGGUUGAGGCGGAGCUACGUCGCCCUUACGACCGGCAGCAGUACGCACGUUUGCUCAAAGACCGCGUGGCGCGCUGGCCUCUGACGGCAACGGACGCCGCAAUGGUUGCUGUCGUGCUGGCGCGGACGGUCAUCCGCGACGAGUUCGUUAGUUCGCUCCUGCUGCUGCCACUCCACCUCCGAGGCGACUUGCUCCACGUUGAGCCAACUCUCCCAAGCGGACGUCUAAAUGAAGACGUAGACACCGCCCCGUGUACCGAAACGCUCACGCCAAUGGCGUCCAACCCUCCCCUUAGUCAACCAACACAACAAGUGCUGCGGAAGAUGCCAGCCUCGUCAAGCUUUUACCGGGCGGAGCUCCAGUCGGAGGAGGGGUCGCUUGUGAGAAUGGAGACGCUCCGGCGACUGGUGUCUGUCUACGCCGCCAUGAACAGCGCGUGGACGAGCAACCGGAUUCCACUCUUCUGGAGUCUGGCGGAGGCGGACGAGGAUGCCAGCGCACUGGUGUUCAUGUUCGACGAGACGGAGACUCGAGUCCGGCAACGCGCACUCGAGUUGCUCACCAAGUCACACCGCUCCGUCGCGUCGGACACGGCAGAAAAAUGGCUGCGGACCGAGAAGGUCGUGAGUCAUAGCAAGUGGGUGCUGCAGGCAGACCAGACAUACCUCAUCAUAUAG